CUCCGUCUUCCUGACGGCUCGUGACCGCGUGCUCGGCUGCUGUGUUGUGUUAACAAACGGCUUCGCGAGGCAGUGACGCGGACGCGAGGGAGUCGGUAACCAGGUAACGUCGCGUGCCGCUUAACCGCUGCCAUUCCGUCCCUCGCGGCUCCCAGCGGCGGCAGGUCAGCGUUCACUCACCGUGGCUGUGGCCGUCCUGUGCGUUCGUGCUGCUUGCUUACUCCACCAUCCGAGGACCCCCGGCGUGAACGUGACCGAGUGUCUCCGCACCUUAAGAUUUCUUUUGCUCUGAGACACUGAAAUAUUAUUGAUACUAAUGGAAGCAGAUCACAAAACAUCAAGCUGCCCAAGAUUCGCAGAUGUGGGGGAGAGUGAGAGCCAAGUCCCUGAAGGUAGCAACAUUUUGAGGAAGGAUAUUGAGAGUGCCAGUGAGCUGAUUCAAACUGGCUCUCAUCUUGGUGAACAUGGAUUUACUGAUUUAAUUCAUGACGGAAAAGAAGCAGCAGCCAUCAAACAGAGGUUUAGUGAACAAGAUCUGGGGUCUGUGGGAUUAUCUAGAAAUGUUGCCUCUAUUCACCGCACUCAUUCUUUAGGUGAAAAAUCAUCCCAAUCCAAAGAGUUGAAGAAUGUGCCUUGGCGGUGUCAUAGCUUGGGUAGCAUAGCUGGAUGUACGGUUUCAUGGGAGGAUAUAGUUGAUGAUGUAGUUGGUGAUGAACUGCUGUUUAAGCCACCUUCAUAUCCCAUUAGUGAAGGCUUUCAUAGCUCUAUCUCAAAAGAGGAGAUGGAAAUGAGCACUACAAGUGAAGUACCGGAACUUUGCCAAGGAGGAAAAGAAGAAGACCUUGAGUUUACAGAGCCUCUUAUAAACCCCGGUACCAGUCUCAAAAAGCUACUUACAUCACAGAUUGAGCAUGCAGUUCAACUCCUGUCACUUUCUGAGCCAAACCGAGGUUCAGAUGCCAGCCAAGACCAGAGCUCCUCCAGCAGCACAGCAGGAUCAGAGCACAAAAAUUCAGAAGUGGGUCCCUCAAAUGAUCACGAUAAUUACAAUACUCUCCUGAUGCUUCCAAAUAUGUCAUCGGGAAAACAGAGAGAACUAACUAAACUACUGGAGCAGGAAAUAAAAUAUCUUGAAGAAAAACCCAGCAAUGAUGAGAUGAUGCAGCAUGAUCACCUAGCCUUUAAUCCCAGUGCACCAUCUGUGCUGCAACGUCAGAUAGCAGAUCUGAAGAGCCACAUUAAUGAUUUACAGGAGGCUAAUGAGAAUGCUGUUAAUGAAUUAGCCAAAGCUGAUGAGGAGAUUUCCCAGCUGAGGACUGAGAUAGCCAGACAAAAAAUGGAAUAUGAAAUGAAAAUUCAAGAAGCACUGCACAGGACAAUCCAGUUCAAAGAAAAGCAAAUGGAUAUGAAGGCCAGAAAAUGGGAGGAUGAAGACUUCCUUCCUGUGGUUCAUGACAAUAGCUUAAAUCCACAUGGAGAGAUCUGUCAGCUCCGAAUUGAAUCCCGCAAACUCAGGGAAGUUAACCACCGGCUAAAUGAAGAGAACCACUGGCUACAGGAAGAACUGUGGGAUAUGAAGAGGCAGUAUGAGAGGCUCCUGAAAAAAAUUCUUGAUGAGAAGACUGAAGGGAAAAUGAAAGGUGAUACGUCCUUUCAAGAAAAAAGAAGAGAAUACAAUGGUGGUCUAGAGAAAGUGGUACCACUUGAAAAGCCUCUGACCUUAGCCCAGUUGAGAUAUGGGAGUAUGAAAAAGGAACCCCAGAAUGAGCUCAGUGGCAUGAAGAUGACUUCUUGGGAAGAACGGGAAAAGGACCGAACAUUACACAACAGCUCUCCAAUGUCAAUGGACAGUGAGUGCACAGACUUCCUGCUCAUGGGAUUCAAAAACAACUUCCCUUCCAGACAACUGGAGUUAAAAGACAGACUACAGGUGGACUCUGAUGAGACAAGUGAUGAUAUGUCAUCAAUCAGCCAGAACUGCAAUGGUGUCCGUUCCUCUAUCCACUCCAACAUACCCAUAGUGUCUAAUAAAUCUGUUAAAGACCGUUGCCCAGAAUCCUGCAACACUGCAGACAUUAGCAGGCCAAAUUUUAACAGAUUUCACCUCUCUGGAGUUGUACUACCGAGACGGCCAUUUGCUCCAAGGAGCACUGCAGACCUCAAAGUGGGAAACUUAGUUAAGUUUUCUCGGCCUGGUGGGAAAAUCAGCAAAGGUACCAUUAAAUAUUUGGGGAACCUCCCAGGGCGACAGGAAAUCUACCUUGGAGUGGAGCUGGAGGGAAGUGAGAUUGGAAAGCACAAUGGGACUUUUGAAGGGUCAAGAUAUUUCAUAUGCAAACCCAACAAGGGAGUCUUUGUCUGUUUUAAUAAAGUCAUCAUGGCAUGGGAGUAGGACUGCAGCAGAAUGGCCUCCACAUUUUAUUUGUUCGUUUUCUUAACUAUACCCUUAGGAUGUGACAUUUUAUAAAUUUUUAAUGGAAAUAUUUUUACUUUUGUACUGUGAUGCAACCUUUCACCAAUUUUUGUGAGUAAAUGUUUUAAAACAAAGGCUGACAUGAGUAAACAGACUUGUAAUAUUCUGUUAAAUCACGAGUCAGCCAUUUCUUAAGCGGAGCUUUUUUCCUCCAGUUGGUUAACAUGCCUUAAACAUGUUUUUUACAUUUUUCAGCUAUAAUAACUAAGACAUGCACUUUGGGAUAACAGGAGAGAUUAAUAGGAGAAAAAUUGGUGAGUUGGGGGAGGCACGGUGGCGCAGUGGUAGCCCUGCGUUUGCCUCCCGUGUCCUCCCUGUGUGGAGUUUGCAUGUUCUC